AUUCAAGCGGCAGCCUCGACUGCAUUAACUUCUUUUCGCACUACAAAAUCUCCGCUUUCCUUCGGUACUUGUGUUGUGCUAUUGAAAGAUGGAUAGUGAAUACGAAAUGACAUCCGAAAUUCAAAACUUUUACAGAAAUAAAACAGUUUUUAUUACUGGCGGCAGCGGAUUUUUGGGGAAAGUGGUAAUUGAGAAGCUGCUGCGAGCGACAGAUGUCAAACGCAUCUAUGUGCUAAUCAGAGCCAAGAGGGGAGAGGGUAUACUGCAACGGCUGGCAAAAUGGAAGGACGAAGGCGUUUUCGCCUUGCUGCUCAAAUCGAAGCCCAGUUGCUGGGCUCGCAUAGUGCCCAUUGCCGGUGAUUGCCAGCAGGCGGACUUGGGUCUGAGUGAGGCGGAUCGCCAGUUGCUGAUGGAGGAGGUGCAGGUGGUGGUGCACAGCGCGGCAACAGUGCGCUUUAUGGAGCCGCUGCAUGUGGCCCUGGACAUCAACACGCGCACCACUCGCCUCAUGCUGCAGCUGGCCAAGCAGAUGAAACGUUUGGAGACAUUUGUGCAUAUAUCGACGGCAUACUCUAACUGUGUCAUCAAGCGCAUUGGCGAAUGCUACUAUCCGGAGCACCUGACCUGCAGCGUAGGCACAAUUCUGGCGCUGAGAGAGCGGCUCAGCGAUGAGCUGAUCGACGGCAUGGCGCCAGUUCUGUCGGGCAAGUUUCCCAAUACAUACACCUACACAAAGGCCCUGGCGGAGCAGCUGGUCCAGACGGAAGCUGCUGGUCUGCCCAUAUGCAUUGUUCGGCCGGGCAUUAUUAUUGGCAGCUAUAAGGAGCCCGUCUCUGGCUGGGUUGACAAUCUCUAUGGUCCCAUUUCCAUAUUCCUUGGCACGGCAAUCGGAGUUUUGAGAAUUAUCUGUCUCAACCUCCAGACACACGCCCACUUGGUGCCUGUGGACUACUGCUCCAACCUGAUCUUGGCCUGCGCUUGGCAGACAGCCAAAGACACUGCCGCACGCCUCCAGGAACCAAUUGCCGCAGCUGCCUCGACUACUGAGCAAUGCCCGCCGACCAUCUACAACUACGUGCCUAGUGAGAGCAACAUGCUCAGCUGGGGUAGCAUCAAAUCGAAAGCGGAAAGCCUUGGUUAUGUCUACCCUCUGAGCAGAAUGAUAUGGCUGCCCUUUUUGCAUACCACGACCACGCCUUGGCUGUUCAAGUUGGCCGCCUUCUUCUACCACAUUCUGCCCGGCUACUGCAUUGACGUGGUGCUGCGCUUGAGAGGCCGCACCCCUCGCAUGCUUAAGCUCUACGAGAAGAUACAUAAGAAUGUGGAGACCCUGUUCCCGUUCACCAACUCCAACUGGUAUUUCGAGUCGCACAAUACUCAGAAGCUGUGGCAACGCCUCUCCCCAGAAGACCAACAGCUCUUUCACUUCGAUAUGAACACCAUGGACUGGGAUGAUUAUUUGUAUAUAGCUAUUGCCGGCAUGCGCAUCUUUGUUGCCAAGGAGGAGCCUGAGUCAGUGGAGCGCGGCAAAAAAAAAUUGAAACGAUUUUAUAUACUCCAUCGGGCGCUGCAGUUCAUCGUUUGCAGUGGAGCUGCAGCCAUAUUGUGGUCGCUGCUUAAAUUUGUAUUCUAGAUUUUAGGCUUUUGUACAUGUGUAGAUCUAAUUCAAUAAAUACAUAGA